AGGUACAUAUUGUACUUUUUACUGUACUACAUCUCAGAGGUACAUAUUGUACUUUUUACUACCUUUAUUACCACAUGUACUGUUUGAAAAGGUCUUCUACUUGAACACAUACAGCCGUAGCUUGUUUUUUUUCUCAGUUAGUUCUGUGUCCUUUUAUCCUUUCUUUCUUUGUUCAUUUCUUUUUUUCUUCAUGUUAAUCCACAGACAUCAUGAAGAAUAAUAGUAAAAACGCUGUCCGGAAACAUUUUACUGCACAAUGACUCUACAUUUAACAGGCUACUUUACAUACAGUUUACUGAUAAUACUUGCAUACUUUUACUUGUAGUGGAGUAUUUUCAAAAGGUGAAAUCACAAAUGUUAGUACAUUAAAUCAUAAUUUACACCUUGUUAAAUCAACCUGCACAAUAUUUUGUUCUUGACAUGAAUAGAGUAAACUAUAUUUAAUAAAUGAAGGUAAAACACAACAACAGAACCACCCUCUCACCUCGUGGUUACCUGCCGUCUCCACAGCGCCAUCUAGCGGUCGCAGCCGGAAUGAAGAGCCCCUCCCUCUUUUUGGCUUUGAGGCCGGUCCACCUGCUGCCCCCGUCCAGAAGCUCACCAACAGAGUCGACUGAGGAAAGACACACAAACACCAUGCUGAACAUCUCCAUUAUGACGGUGGAGAGCCCAUCCUGCCUCUGGGGUCGGGUUGUCCAGGGUCCCGGCGGUGACGUGGAGACCACAGACCAGUACGACAGACUGCUGGCUCAGAUGAACCUCUUCUACCACGAUGUGACUCAGGACCUGCUCAAGCUGAAGCCCACGUCGCUAGAGGAGGGACAGGUGUGUGUGGUGUACUGGUCGGUGAUGAAGUCGUGGUGUCGGGCCGUAGUGGAGUCGAUCAUCAUGGACUCGGUGUCCUGUCAGGUUCGCUGCCUCCUGGUGGACCACGGAGGGCGACUCGUCGUCCCCUCAGACCAGAUCCGAAUCGCGAUGCAGACCUUCCUCCAGGUGCCCUUCUGGGUGAGGAGGUUCCACCUGACGGGAAUCAAACCAACAACCCUGCGGGUGUCCGUCCAUGAGGAGAAGGCGAAGCUCAUCGCGUCCUCUCAGUGGGACAGCUCUGCUACACACUACCUGCACAACCUGCUGCAAGCGUCGACACGGACGGAGGCCGUGUUGCUCGAAUCUGAGUCAGACUGCACCGCCGUUGAGCUCUACCUAACCGUCGGGAACGUCAAGAUCUGUGUGAAUGACGAUCUGGUGGCCAAGAAGUUUGCGUAUUACAUCGGCGGUCUGGACGAGGUGGACCAACUUCCCAUCAUGUUGUCCUCCAGUAUCUUAACCCAAAGCGUCUGCUCGACCUCAAACAAGCCGACGGCACAAACAUCCCAACCAGCUCCCGCUCUUUCUUCCAGCUUGGAUUCUGCGGUCAGAGCCUCUCUGCUGCUCCAGAGACCACAACACGAGCCAAAGACCUCUGAGCCAGACGCUGGUGCUGCUGCUGCAGAGAGUGACUCAUCGGAGGAAACAGACUCGUCUCUGGCCGCAGCUCUGACCAACGACCUCAGUGUGUUCAGGGUCCUGAAGUUUCUGAAUCCUGGCAGCAGCUACCAGCAGGCGGCUCCCACUCAUGAAGCGCUACAAGACGGUGGACCUGAAGAGACGACUGCAGCCUCCAGCAGCUGCUCAGGACAGGAAGUGUACGCUAGAGUCGUUUUUAAAUCAGUCCACCUCCCAGAGAGAGAUACAUCCUCUUCGAGUAGAUCGGUGGAGUCGGGACCCGCAGAGAAGACGUGGAGGAGCGAAGAGGACUGGGCCUGUUCACGUCUUCUAGAGUGGUUGAACCCGGAGCCCCUGAACCCCGGUCCAGACGCUGCAGACGACGCGGCUGCUCCCAGUGAUCCCAGGACUGGGAUUCUGGUGCACUCUGCCCUCCCAGUGGAGCCCUGCAGCAGCCUAGAUGACGCCCCCAUCACGGACGCUCUCCGCCGGGUGAUGAAGAAGCAUUACGGCGCUCUGUCUCCAGCUGACCGGUACAGCUGGCCAGCUGUGGCCCGAGGAUGCAACACCGUCAUAGUCUCCCACAACGCCGACCGGCCUCUAAGCUACCUCGCCCCGCUCCUCACCCACAUCCUGCUCAACUCCAUCUUCACCUCCAGUACGGGGCCCAUAGUGGUGCUGCUGUGUCCGGGCUGGGAGAAGGUCCAGGCGGUGUAUAACCUUCUGGAGGAGAUGAAAGUUGCCUCAGUCCUCCACCCCGUCAUCCUGCUGCUGGGCACCGGCAAAGACGAGGCCAAGGCUGUCAGGAUCCCCAAAAACUGCCUGCUGUUAGUGACCACUCCCUUCAGUCUGGUCCGGCUGCUGUCCUGCCACUGCUUCCUGUUCCUGCGUCUCUACCACCUCGUGCUGGAUGAGGCCGACCAGCUCUUCACUCUCGCUCCGGAUCAGAUGGCGACCAUUUUGCAGCAUUUCCAGAAGGUGACCUCCAGCGAGGAGAACGCUUCCUGUCCUCAGCAGCUCGUCGCAGUGGCCAAAAGAUGGACCGGUCACAUGGAGGGUUUGGUAGCCAAUCACAUGCCCUACCCGUGCAUUGUCAUGACUGUCCCUGAGGAAGCUGCUCUCUAUGGUAACGUUCAGCAGAUCGUCCUCAUGACUCUGGAGAGCAGCAAGGUCUCAGUGCUGUUGGGUGCGUUGGAUUUCAACCCCGACGUCGGCCAGAAGACUCUGAUCGUAGCCAACUCGGCUCAGGAGGUUGAAGAUGUGUUCAAGGCCUUGAGCAACAGAUCAGCAUUCUGCCUCAAGACCCAUGAGGGGUUAACUCACCAGUUUGACUUCGUCAUCCAGCAAUGGAGGAAAGACAUCGGGCCCGGAACUCAUGUCAUUCUGGUGACCACCACCGAGUGUCUGAAGUGUCUGGGAGUCGGAGACGCCACUUGUGUCGUCCACUACGGCUUCCCCGCUUCACCCAAACUGUUCGGCGGCCGUCUCUCCUUUAUGGCAAAGAACUUCAGAAACCUCUCUGAGCGAGACCAGACGAGGAGCCUCCCUCAUCCCACCAGGUCGGUGCUGCUGAUCUCUGAGAGGAACGCCUGUCACGUGGUCGGGGUUCUGCGUUACCUGAGGAGAACCAACGCCCCGCUGCCCCCCGAGCUGCUGGCCUUCGCUCAGGGGGUCCACGUGGCCCGGGAGGACCAGAAGAUCAACAGGCCUCUCUGCAGCUACCUCAAGAGCUUUGGAGUCUGCAGAGACAGCAGUGUGUGUCCCGACCGUCACAGAUUCAUCCCCAAACUGGACCAGUCGGUGCUUCCUGCCUCAGGAGUCAUAGAAGUGGUGCCUCUCUACAUCAAGACGGCGUCGGUGUUCUACGGCCGCGUCGUCCAGAAGGACGACGGAGGAGGCUUCUGCAGCGUGGCGUCUGAGAUGACGGCUUUCUACGCCGACAGGAAACCCGGAGCCGAGGAGGUGCUGCAGGGAGGCUUCUACGCCGUGCAGGAGGACCAGGUCUUCCACAGGGUGAAGGUCCUGUCCGUCCCAGACAGAGGCGACCGGCUGUUCUUCAGCGUCUUGGUUCUCUUUAUUGACGUGGGAAAGGAGGAGGAGGUGAAAUCCCAUCAGAUCCUCCAGCUCCCGGAGCGGUUCCACUCUCUGCCCGGCCAGGCCGUGGAGAUCGUCGUCUGCCGGGUCAAACCCAUCGACGCCGAGGCCGACUGGCACCCCAAGGUCACCAGAGCGAUCAACCAGAAGAUCCGAGGCCUGCAGCACCGAGCCAGAGCGGUGUUCAGUCUGGGAAACACGGUCUUUGUUGAUCCCAUGGUGCGUGUGACCCAGGUUCCAGGUAUGAAGACUGUGAUCAAUGAGUACAGCGUGCAGUCAGAGAUCCUGAACACUGGGAUGGGAACCAGCAACCAGGAGCAUCUGGACCUGCUGAGGGCGCUCUGCCAGGAGGACGAGGAGGCGGCUCACAUCUCUGAGUCGGGGGAUGGGCCGGCGUCUCUGGAGGUCCGGAUCAAAGCCGAGGUGGAGGUUCUGGCCGAAACCGUCAGAGCGGCCGAGGUCGGUCGGCACGCUGACCUUCCUCUCCUCGAGCCGCUGAGUCCGGUGUCUCCGACGAUCCGGUCUCCGGUCCCGGCGCCGCCAGGACCUGAACUCCACCCGGUUCCAGUGUGUGAUCAGAAACCCCUGCUGGACUGCCGGGCUGCUGUCGGACAGAGAGACGCCCACAAAGCCGAUCUGAAGUCAGUCGAAAUGAGCACAAUAUGUCUCCUUUAGAUGUUAACCGUUGAUGUGUUUUUUAGUUUCCACCCUCUGGCCCGUUGGUACCAGACGUCCGACUGCGUCAUCGUGACGGUGAAGCUGAGGAACCCGGAGAGCCAGCGCUGUGACUUCUACCCCGACAGAGUCGUCUACAGUUGCAGAGUGAACGGUCGGACCUACAGAGCCGACCUCCAGCUCCACGGUCACAUCUCUGCUGAGCGGUGCUGCUGGGAGAUGAAGUCCAAUGAGCCGGUCCUCAAACUGGUGAAACAGCAGCAGGGCUGCUGGGAGAGACUCGUGAAGAACAGGAACAUCUUCGUGAGUUACGACAUGGAGCACUUUGAAGAGGACGAAGACAGAACCGCGAAUGGACCGUGUUUUGUCGAGGACACGGGAAAGGACAACCGGUAUGUGAACUCGGAGAGCGGCAGUGAGAGCGACUGAAGAUGAAAGACAAACCACUAAACCUCAACUAUUCAGGUUUACGUUUAAUGUCCUCAGAUGGAAUAAGACAUUUACAAAACUUACAUUGCCCGAUAUUUAAAUCCUAAAUACGCCUGAAGGUGAUUCACAGUCUGCACAGUCGGAAUGUCUCGAUUCUCCAAACCCACGACUCGCUUCUACGGUCACGAUUUCUUUUGAUUUCUGCUUUAAACUGUUUCAUUGUUGGUCUCUGGAGUCUUGAUUGGUAAAGAUCAACGGAUCUUUGUUUUUAUGCCCUGACAGCUGUUAGUAUUUACUUUAAUAGAUACACGGUAUCAAGUGUCGUAUACCCGCCAUAUGUUUAGGGGAAUGUUCCACACUUAGAUCGUACGGUCUCAUUUUAAUUACAAUGUAACUAUUAUACUAUACUAUAUACCGGAACCAUCAUAAUACAGUAAAUAAAUACAUAGAUGUAUAAAUAGACUGAAUUGUUGCGUAUUAAAAUACCAGAUUGUUGUGUUAUCUGAUAUCUGAUCCAGCUGUUUGAGUCAGUAUUUCAAGUUAAAAUGAUUUAUUUAGAUUGUAAUAAAUAACCUUUUUCACCAGUUCAUCAAUUGGGAACAAACUAAAAGAGGCGUCACCAGAAUAUUAGCCAUCGCUACCUUUAGGUAAUGCUACGUCACUGACCAGAGCUCGUGUUGGUUAGUGUUGGUUAGUGUUGGUUAGUGUUGGUUAGUGUUCGCUAGUGUUGGUUAGUGUUCGCUAGUGUUCGCUAGUGUUCGUUUGUGUUGGUUAGUGUCGGCUAGUGUCGGCUAGUGUCGGUUAAUGUCGGUUAAUGUUCGGUAGUGUUGGUUAGCGUUGGUUAGUGUUUGUCUGUUCUGAGCUACUGUAGAAACAUGGCGGUGCAUCAUGGCGGACUCCGUGAAAGACUCCUUACGUAGUUAUAAAUGUUCCACACUGUCCCUUAAUUCCCAAUCAAAGGGCUUUUUCUCAACCUCGCAACCUAAAUGUUGCUCUUCGGCUAAAAUGCUCGGCUCAAAUAGAAAAAAAAAGAUUUGACGUUAAAGGGGAAACUUCAGUAAAAUGUAACUUUGUUUGAAAUGUAUUUGGUGGUACAAGAGUGUAAAUAGUUUAAGGGCUUGAAAUAUUUUUGUAAUCAAUUGUAAGAGAAGUUUGACAGGCUGACGUUUGUUUUGAGGAUGUUUGUUUUAGACUGAACUGGUGACUAAAAGGAUUAAAUACCAGACAGACGUCAGAUGGAUCCAGAGUGUUUAUUUUAACUGCU